AUGUCUACUGAUCUCUGCCCCGUCUAUGCACCGUUUUUCGGUGCCCUUGGUUGCACAUCAGCCAUUGUAUUCACAUGCUUUGGUGCCGCCUAUGGGACCGCCAAGGCUGGCGUAGGCGUGUGCAGCAUGGCCGUUCUGCGACCUGACCUAAUUGUCAAGAACAUUGUCCCCAUUGUCAUGGCUGGUAUUAUUGGUAUUUACGGUCUCGUCGUGUCUGUCCUUAUCGCAAACGAUCUGAAACAAAAACUUCCUCUCUACACUGGAUUCAUUCAACUUGGUGCUGGUCUCGCUGUCGGCCUUGCCGGUAUGGCAGCUGGUUUUGCUAUUGGUAUUGUUGGUGAUGCUGGUGUCCGUGGAUCUGCCCAACAACCAAGACUAUACGUAGGAAUGAUUCUUAUUCUCAUUUUCGCUGAAGUCCUGGGUCUUUACGGUCUGAUCGUUGCCUUGCUCAUGAACUCGAACUCUAGUGGUUCAUGCUAA